UAAGUCCCCCCACAGCCCCCCCACCCCCUCCAAGUAAGUCCCCCCACAGCCUCCCCCUCUCCAAGUCCCCCACGCGCCCCCUCUCUCCAAGUAAGUACCCCCCACAGCCCCCCUCUCCAAGUAAGUACCCCCACAGCGCCCCUCUCCAAGUAAGUCCCCCCACAGCCUCCCCCUCUCCAAUAAGUCCCCCACAGCCCCCACCCCCUCCAAGUAAGUACAGCCUCCCCCCUCCAGUACCCCCACCGCCCCCCUCUCCAAGUAAGUACCCCCACAGCCCCCCCUCUCCAAGUAAGUACCCCCACAGCGCCCCCCUCUCCAGUAAGUCCCCCCACAGCCUCCCCCCUCUCCAACCCCCCUCUCCAAGUAAGUACCCCACAGCGCCCCCUCUCCAAGUAAGUACCCCCACAGCGCCCCCUCUCCAAGUCCCCACAGUGCCCCCCUCUCCAAGUAAGUACCCCACAGCCCCCCCCCCUCUCCAAGUAAGUCCCCCACAGCGCCCCCCCUCUCCAAUACCCCCACAGCCCCCCUCUCCAAGUAAGUCCCCACAGCGCCCCCCUCUCCAAGUAAGUACCCCCACAGCCCCCCUCUCCAAGUACACCCACAGCCCCCCUCUCCAAGUAAGUACCCCCACAGCGCCCCCCUCUCCAAUAAGUCCCCCCACAGUGCCCCCCUCUCCAAGUAAGUCCCCCACAGCGCCCCCCUCUCCAAGUAAGUACCCCCACAGCGCCCCCUCUCCAAUAAGUCCCCCCACAGCCUCCCCCUCUCCAAGUAAGUCCCCCACAGCCCCCCCAAGUAAGUACCCCCUGGCCCCCCCUCUCCAAGUAAGUACCCCCACGGCCCCCUCUCCAGGUAAGCCCCCACAGCCCCCCUCUCCAAGGUGCCCCACAGCGCCCCCUCUCCAAGUGGUCCCCCACAGCCCCCCCUCUCCGUGGGGUCCCCCCACAGCGCCCCCCUCUCCAAGUAAGUACCCCCACAGCACCCCCUCUCCAAGUAAGUACCCCCACGCGCCCCCCUCUCCAAUAAGUCCCCCACAGCCCCCCUCUCCAAGUAAGUACCCCCACACGCCCCCCUCUCCAAUAAGUACCCCCACAGCCCCCCCCUCUCCAAGUAAGUACCCCCACAGCGCCCCCUCUCCAAGUAAGUCCCCCCACAGCCCCCCUCUCCAAGUAAGUCCCCCACAGCCCCCCUCUCCAAGUAAGUACCCCCACAGCGCCCCCCUCUCCAAUAAGUACCCCCACUGCGCCCCCCCUCUCCAAGUAAGUACCCCCACGCGCCCCCCCUCUCCAAGUAAGUACCCCCACAGCGCCCCCUCUCCAAUAAGUCCCCCCACAGCGCCCCCCUCUCCAAGUAAGUACCCCCACGCGCCCCCCUCUCCAAGUAAGUACCCCCACAGCCCCCCCUCUCCAA